CCCGUUGUUUUUCCCAGACGUGUAAAUAUUGAUGAUUUCUACGCGUUGAACUACACGGGGUUCUUGGAUAAUGAUACACCUCCCGCCAAAAUUCCAUUCACUGCUCGCAUUCUGCAAUAUAAAUAAUCGUUGUUCAUAGUCGGAAUUGCAUUCAGUUGGGAGAUUUCCAGUACGUAGCAUCGUUCCUAAGGCCAUGUUAUCAUAUGUAUGAUGUUGGAUGGUAGUUACUUGUCAACAGGAGGACAAGAAAUUAUUGUUAACAAUGGACCGUUUAUUGGAGGAUCCACGAGCUUCAUCAAAAUUUGGUUGAUACUGUCUUGUGCAUCAUGGGAACUUAAAAGAGACUUUGCUGUAAUGCCAGAACAAGUCAAAUUCAAGAUGAACGGGGUUAUACCGAGUGUGCCAAUCACAACUCUCGCUGGUAUCGCGAGUCUGACCGACUUGUUACCUGAAAUGCCCCUUCCAACACCGCUGCCGCAGACUUUGACAAACAAGUCCCUUCUGUUUCAUCCACGUGUAGCAGAGGAAGCACAAAUAUUGCUAAGUGUUCGAAACGAAAACUUAGUGCCCCAGUUAAUAUUAUCCUUAUCGCAAACGUCGUCCGAUCAUAUUGAACUGAAAGACAAUUACGCAAAUACCGAACAGCCCUUAGAAACCGAGCAAAAUACUCCAGAAUUACUUAAGGCAAUUUUACAAAUAAACCCGCACGUGUUUAAAGGCCCCCAAUAUAAUUCACCACGAAACUGGACCCAAGGUACACCUAUGAUGCAUACCAACCAAACAUCCGCAAACUAUGGACGGUUUUCGCCAUCUUACUCGAGUUCUUCGGGGUCGAGACAAACGCCUCAAGGUAGUCCAGCUCAUCCCGCUGCCGCUAGAACCGUACUCCCUCCGCCCGCUGGUAUUAAUCCUUUGCCCAACAUGACUCCACAACCAAAUAUGUACUCUCCAGCGCAUCUGAGUUCUCCUGGGACACCGUUAACAACCCUCGGUAACGUAACGCCUCAACACCACAAUAUGGCUGGCAUGACACCUCAACAUAACAUGCAUAUGGCAUCUCCUAUGCGCGCUAAUAUGCCUUUGCAACAACAUCAACCUAUUAAUAUUCAGCCAAACAUAUACGACCCUAUGAUGAAUCAACAAGUACACCAUCCAUUAGGGACUCAUCAACCGAUGGACAUAAGUAGUACAGUACAAGAGAGCCAACAGUUUUUACUCGACCCGGUAACAGGUCUUUCCGACAUUGAUAUACCGAUCGACAACAUCGAGGCAAAACAAACCAUGGACAAUACGACGCAACAUCUUAUGUCAACGACGCAAACCACAUCUUAUCCGAGCAUGGAUAGCAGCGAUAUGGUUAAUACCUUAAGCGCUACCCCAACACCGAUGAUACAGCAUCAACAGAAUAACAAUUCCGAGAAAGGUGCGAAGAUACCCGGUCCGGUACCAGAGAAAUUGAAGGAACCGGUUGUCAUGUUAGAUAGAUUAUCGUUAGCGGACCAGGCCCUGAUGCAGAAAAGUUUAGCCGCGUUCGCGGAAAAAUCUCCGAGUCGGGCCGCGAAGAUGGGAAUCUCGAACCGCGAUGAUGUCAAGUCGGAAUCGGAGAGCGAGGAGGAAAUCGGUAAGAACAAUAAAUAUUUCAAGGCUAGAGCGAAAGAGCGUCAAGUCCAAAGAGAAAAGGAGAAAGCCGAAAGGAAGAAGAGCGAUGAAAAGACGCGCAGGCGAAGAAGGGUAUUGGACGACGACGAGGAAGAUGACGAUAAGAAAGAGAUGUCACUUGGACCUUCGAAACCAAAAAUAAGAAAAAUUGAAAAGAAACUCGUCCCUGUAUUGGCUAAGCUUAGCGUGGAAGAACUGAUGGAAACCAAUACUUAUCAACGUUUCAACUCCACCAUAGAAACGAUAUUUGAAAAUACCGAAGAUUUUGCAACCAAUGCCGAAUUUGACGACGACGGUGAUGUGCCUCCAGAAUUGUUAAUUCCUAAGUAUCAGUUACACGAUUUAUGCACCGAAGCGGCGAAGUUGAAGGCUCUCGGCGCGAUGGAAUCGAUUCCCGCCGAUCGAUUGGUCAGACUGUUGAACAUAUUGGAGAAAAACAUUCGAGACGGAGCGAAAGUAUCACCGCUCGCCGAUCCUGACGACGAUGUUGACGAAAGCCGGCUGUGGAUGCAAUUAGCUAUGGAAAGGGUACAACGCGCUGUAGAUGCAUCUUUGAUCGCGUUACACAUCAUGACUUCUGGUAACAUGCCUAAGAUGGUGUAUCUAGAGGACGUGAUCGACAGAAUAGUUCUUUUUAUGAAAUUUCAAUUGCAAAACACUAUUUACCCAUCUUUCGAUCCGGUUUACAAGAUAGACGCGAAAAAAAAGACUGACGGUUAUAAUUCUAGCGGUCGUAAGAAACGGGGUCACAUGAAGGAAGUCCGGGAGAAAAGUAUACUUCAGGUUUAUAACAAGAUGCACGAAUUGGUCGGUCUUCUUGCCGAAUUAUUGAACAUACAGGUAUUAACAGACACGAGCGUUCUCCAUGCAUCUACGCUGGGCGUUGCACCUUUCUUCGUCGAGUCUGUUAGCGAUCUUCAAUUGAGCGCCUUGAAACUGGUCACCGUUAUAUUCACGAAAUACGAGAAACACAGGAGAUUGUUGUUGGACGAUAUAUUGGCAUCCAUAGCUCGGCUUCCGAGCAGCAAGAGGAGCUUGAGAACGUACAGGUUGAAUUCCGAGGAUCAUAUACAGAUGUUAACAGCCUUGGUGUUGCAACUGAUCCAGUGCGUGGUGGUAUUACCGGACAAUGUACUUCCUCAGCAGAAGAAGUCGCAGCAGCAGGAGGAGGAGGAGAAAAAGGAGGAGAAGAAGACGAGCUACGUAGACGCGGACGUUAUGAUUAUAAAUAAAUACGAGACGGCCACCAGGAUAGCUGGCAAUUUUUUAUCCGUGUUCCUGAACAAGUGCGGCAGUAAAGGAGAGGAGAUAGAUUAUAGGCCGUUGUUCGAGAAUUUCGUCCAAGAUUUGUUGGCCACCGUGAACAAGCCCGAAUGGCCAGCGGCUGAAUUGCUGUUGAGUCUGUUAGGAAAUCUGCUGGUGGGUCAUUUCUCGAACAAAAGUUCCGAUAUGGCUCUGAGGGUAGCGUCGAUCGAUUACCUCGGAGUAGUUGCAGCCAGAUUAAGAAAGGACGCGGUCAGCUCUCAAUGCAAAUUAUCCACCAUCGACCAGAUUAUAAAAGACAUCAAGAUCGAGCAGCAAAAGGAUUCCGACUACGAUCAGGUGAAGGAUAAAGAGAUACCGGGUUUGAACGAGGACGAGGAGAGGACAGUUUUUUUACAGAAGGUACUUCUUGAUUAUCUGGCUGUAAACGGGACGAAGGAUUCUGCCCUGGGCUACGCCCGUCAUUUUUAUUUGGCCCAAUGGUACAGAGACUGCGCGGUGGAGAAGUCGCGAGUCGGUCAGUCGAAGAACAGCCCGAGCAAGAAGAUUCACAAGAAGAGGGUGAAAAAGAAAAACAAACAUCAUUCGAGCGAUCAGGAGUCCGAAUCGGAAUUGGAGGAAGCGGAUCCAGACGAGAACGAGAAUAACGAACAGAAGAACUCGGAGGCAUACAGGAUCAUCGAGGAGAAAAAGAAGUACAUAAUAAGUAGAAUAAGGCCGUACAGUACUGGUACAAAGCCGGAUAUUCUUCAAACUUACAUCGACUACAAUUCUGCGGAACUAAUAUCGCAAUACCUAGCCUCGAAGAGGCCGUUCUCCCAGAGUUUCGACAGAUACCUCAAGCAAAUUCUGCACGUGCUAACGGAAUCGUCGAUCGCCAUCAGGACGAAAGCGAUGAAGUGUCUGACGAUGAUCGUCGAGGCGGAUCCAAGCGUGCUGGCGCGGGUAGAUAUGCAAUUGGGGGUGAAACACUCGUUUUUAGAUCACGCGACGUCUGUGCGAGAGGCAGCCGUCGAUCUCGUAGGGAAAUUCGUACUAAGUAGGCCUGAAUUAAUAGAUAAAUAUUACGACAUGUUGUCGGCCAGGAUCCUAGAUACCGGCGUGAGCGUUCGUAAGCGUGUGAUUAAAAUUUUAAAGGACAUCUGUAUGGAGUGUCCGGACUUCCCUAAGAUUCCCGAGAUAUGCGUGAAGAUGAUCAGACGAGUGAACGACGAGGAAGGCAUUAGGAAAUUAGUUAUGGAGGUGUUCCAGAACAUGUGGUUCACACCGGUCAGAGAACGUCCCACCCUCGAUUCCGAGUCGUUGUUGAGAAAAGUUAUGAACAUCACGGACGUGGUGGCAGCUAGCAAAGACAUGGGUCUUGAAUGGUUUGAACAGCUGCUGGUUAGUUUGUUCAAGCCGAAAGAGGAUAAAGAAGAUAGUACAAAGAUGUUAACCGAGCCGCCGAAGGCGUUGUUGACUGCGUGCAAACAAAUCGUUGAUUGCUUGAUCGAGAACGUGCUUCGGCUAGAGGAGACCAACCUCGAAGAAUCCGAGAAGUCGGAGAAGAAGGGAUCUUCGCAACGAUUGGUCGCUUGCUUGACAACCUUGUAUCUGUUCGCUAAAAUACGACCGCAACUGCUAGUCAAUCACGCGAUCACGUUACAGCCUUACCUAAGUUUAAAGUGUCAGACGCAGGGAGAUUAUCAGAUCAUCAGCAGCGUGGCGCAUACCCUGGAACUCGUGGUGCCGUUGAUGGAGCAUCCUAGCGAGACUUUUUUAGCACAGCUCGAGGAGGAUUCCGUGAAGUUGAUAUUGCAACACGACAGAUCUGUGGUAGCCAGCUGUCUCUCCUGUUUAGGAUCCAUAGUUAACAACGUGACGAGAAAUUUUAAGUUAAUCCGGGACUGCUUUAAGAAAUAUUACGGACACUUGACCGAGUACAAAUCGUUUUAUGAGAAAGAUCCAACGAAUCCCAUGCUUUUAAAGUACAGACCGUUCGUCAGGAGAGCGUUGUUCACCGUGGGCCUGCUGUUGCGACAUUUCAACUUCACCGACCCGGAAGUGAUCGAGGGACUGGCGGAGAACAUCAAGGAUCAAGUGUUCGAGACGUUGAAUUACUUCGUCCACCUGGACAACGACGACAUUCGACACUUUACCCUGUCUGCCAUUGGUUCUUUGUGCAUACGCCAUUACGAAUUCAUGUUGCUACCAGAGCUGAAGGAAUUGUACCAUCAUCUGCUCACCUCGGAGAACGCUUUGGUUCACAUGAGAAUUCAGGUGCUGAAUAACGUCGAGGUGUACCUGCAGGAAGAGGACAAGAGGAUGAUCAAGCAGGACAUGGAGUGGGCUAAGAUGUCGAAACAGGAGAACCUCAAGGAAAUGGGUGACGUCUCCUCAGGGAUGGCGAGUACUGUGAUCCAAUUGUACGUGAAGGAGAUCCUGGAGUCUUUUUUGCACGCAAACAUAAGCGUUCGACACGCGGCCCUUAAAGUGAUCCAGUUGAUCCUGGCGCAAGGUUUGGUGCACCCGGUUCAGAUAGUCCCUUAUCUGAUCUGUAUGAGCACAGACUGCGAGAAGGCGGUCAGUCACAGUGCCGAUAAGCAGUUGCAGGACAUUGAGAAGAAAUAUCCUGGCUUCAUUCACAUGAAGUCUCAGCUGGGCAUCAAGCUGAGCUACCGGCUGCAGAAGAUUCUCCAAAACGACAUGACGGUGAGGGGAAUGCGGGUGAAAGAGGGCGAGUUUCCAGGCGCUUUGAACGGUUUCCUUUACACGAUUCUGAGGAACACGAAGCAACAGAGGAGAGCCAUCGUCCUCUCGUUCCUGAAGCAAUUCGACGAGUCUGCUAAAACGAGCUUAUCCCAGAUGCUGUACUUGGCCGACAAUCUCGCUUACUUUACAUAUCAAGUGCAAGACGAGCCACUGUUCAUCAUUCACCACAUCGACAUCAUCAUCUCGAUGUCCGGCACGAAUCUGUUGCAGUCGUUCAAGGACGCGUUGUUACCGAAGGAAGGCGGCAGUCAUUCGACGUCCUCUCAACAGCAUCACCAUCAUCAGCAGCAACAUCAAUACCAGCAACAACAUCAGAGCCAAGGCUCGAUAGGACCGGAUGGACAGCCUCGGCCCGACCAGUUGAUGUCGUCUUUGGAAGACGAAGAGGACGACGAGGAGGACGAGGAAUCAUUACUGGCAAGGUUUCCGAACGACACGACAUUGCUGAGAGAAUACAUCACCGCCAGCCAAGGCUUCCUGUUGCUGCUCAAUCUAAGGCAACACCUGAAGGACCUGUACGGCUUUUCCGACCAAAAGAUCAGCCAGUACUCGCCAACGGAAGCCGCGAAGGUGUACGAAAAGGCGGUGAACCGUAAGAACAACUUACUGUUCAAACCAAAGGCUACCCUGCAGAGACUGAAGGAGGGCGUGAGCAACGCUGAGCUCGACGCCGACGGCAGGAAGAAGUUGGUCAAGGAGUACCUCGAUUUCAAACAGCUGAUGCUGAAGUUUGACCUAGAGGAAGCGGAGGAGGAAGGAAACGAGGCGGACACGAGUGGCAAACACCAUCACCACCACCACUCGUUGGAGAACCCGAGCUCGAAGAUGACCCACCCCGAAGUGGACAGCGGCAAACUCGCGGACGGUGCGGUGACGACGAGCAACAACCCGAUUGCGAAUCAGUACCAACCGAACAUGAACUCGACGAUCGAGCAUCCGAAUAACUCGAUGAACUCGAUGCCACCCCCUGGACCUAUGCCCCCCGUGUCGAUGCCGAUGCACCCACCGCCGCCUAUGAACGCGGCACCCGGGCAAAUGGCGUCGCCGCGUGUCCCAAAGCUGACGAUACACGCUCACUCGGACAGCGCGAAGGAGCACCGCAAGCAUCGCGCGCACAAAACGGAGAAGGUGAAGAAACACAAGAAGAAGAAGAGGAGAAGAAUCUCCGACAGUAGCGAGAGCGGCGAGGACUACAGUGAUCCUGAUUUUCUAGUGUGAGUGCGGUGGUGCGUCCGCAUCCUGUGUACAUAUAAAUACAGACGUACGAUGCGCGGGUGGUCGAGGCGUGUACGCGUGUCGCCAGCGAGUCUACGCGUAAAUGAUUGUUUUCUUUCCGAAUCAUGCCCUCGCGAGGGAUGUGGAUGAGCGAAAGAGAGACAAUGUAACCGGACGCUCUGAUAUCGCGACGGACCGCGAGCCGACUGGCAAGCCGGAAGUGAACCGAACGCGACCGAAACUUAAUGUACAGAGGGACGGUGGUGCUCUUUAGGGAUGGGUGCGACCUGUUGUCUGCGAGUCGACUCGACGAAAGGGGUAGAGAGAAUGAAAGAGUGGGAGAGGGUGAGUUGCGAGGCGCGAAGGAAAGAGAGAAUUAUAAUUAUUAUCGAUCGCCUCGCGGCGGUUUUAGGUUUAUCUUGUUGGCUAGGACACGCGGUGGACGCGCGUCUAAAGAUUUCUCGCUCCGUGCUGAAACGUUCGAUGAUGGUUCGCGCGAAUUCAAAGGGUUCAACUUGGUUCGAUCACGAACCGCAAAGGUCUUUGCUUUCGUUCUUCUGCUCCCUUAUUCUUUUUCUUGAUCUUUUAUCGAACGCGAGAGAGAUUCGAUCGGAGAACGCGUCGAACCAAGUCCCCUUAAGUCGACAGACCGAGGAAACUGUUUGUUGUAAAUAAUAUCGAACAAUAACAGAGCAACGUCGAAACGAUACUUUUAGUUUUCUUUUUUGCAGAGAGUAAGUGAGAGAUUGGGUGAGUGUGCGUGGAGCUUGUCCCGUAAGGCAGGAGAUUUCAGUGUUCGUCGAGAAACGAGCGAACGGAUGAACUGUUCGACGCGUUGUACGUUUCCGUUUCGAGGAUCGAACUGUUGGAAAAUGUUCUCGGCGAGAGGAAAAGAGGCAACCAAGAUAGAACGAAAGCAGAGGGAAAGAGAUAUCGAUAAGAGAGAAGGGAUAACGUGCAUAGACAGAAAGGUAGGUGGACAGAUUCGUUAGACUAGCUCCACGGCAUGUAUAAAUAAGAAAAAGUGUGUAGUAAAGGAAGUAAAGAAACAAACAAACAAACAAACAAAAAAAAAAAGAAAAAGAAGAAAACACAUUUGCCUAUGCAUUAUGAUGAAACGUUGUUUGUAAUAUCUGUAUAUACAAAUUUCAAGUAAAGUAUCUUAUUUUCUUACAAACUAUAUAGCGGUGACAUUAUCGAAGAAUACUUAAGAUUUUGUUGUAAUAUUAAGUAUUUAUUCAGAAUUCAUGUUGUCCCAAUAUAGUUUGCUUUAUGCACUCGUCUUUGGUGUAUUGGAAAAAAAAAAACUAUCGUUUUUAUACAAGCUUAGGAGUAAAACGAACACAACAGCAACAACAGAAAAAAAAUAUGAUUACAAUGUAGUAAUUUACUCUCGAAGGGAAACAAACGAAACGAGUGAGAGAGUGAGGGUUGAGGGAUGAAAGAGGAAUAAGUAGAACCGUAGCGAAGGAAGAACAAGAGUGAUUCUUUUGAUAAACCUCUCGUUUUUUCCGUGACGACGCUUCUUUUUCUAUCGAGGGCUCGUUACACCUGCGUGUACCGAUCACGGUAGCCUUUCUCAGGGCAAAUGACGAUGAAGAGGAAGAAAUCAUCGUUCGCCUUAAUUUUCCAGAAUUAAUAAGUCGAGUAGCGAGGUUUUCUUUCCCUUCGUCCUCUUUUCUCUGGGGAAAACGAGCAGUUAUCAAUGAUACGUCGCGGUCGCUUUUUCCAUCGCGCGGUAAUUCGUCUUUUUUAUACGUUUAUAAGAGGCCAGUUGACUACCGUCGACGAAAUAUCUGCGAAACGGGGCUGCUCGUUGCAAGACUGUAAUUUAGACACGGAAGAAACGAAAUGGUUCGAAAUGAGAUACUUGGUGCGGUGACGACGCUAAGCGAUGGUUUCUACUUUUUCACGUGGAUCAAAAUUCUUUCGUCCUGCGAGAAUGUUACCUUUUUCCGGUUACUACGCGAUUUUGCAUUUACACACGUCGUUUCGUUUUCUGUUCGAAAGUGAAAAGAAUACGAGUUGCCGUUGAACGCUGGCAAGUUUUAUUAGGUGAUUACGCUUCUUUCGUUUUAAUCUCGAUGAAAAAAGUAGCACUUUAUUGGGGCUCAGAUGUGUACAUUCAUCUUCUAUAUCUCGUAAAUAAAUCUGGCAGCAAAAAAGAUUCAUUGCAAUUCAUUAAAUUAUUGUUUAACCGCGAACGCAAGGAAUGCGCGCGAUGAAAAUCGUCUCAGGAAGUUUUCUUUUCUUUUCUUUUCUUUUAAAUACUCGCUUACAUAUUAAUCUUUCUACUUUGAUUAUUGCGUUUCAAAUCGUUUAUCAUUCGUUACAUUGAUAAUUUAGGUUUACUAUUUUUAUAUAAAACAGUCAUUUGAGAUCGGUGUUUUUUAUUUACGCAAACACAAUCGUCUCAAAGGAAUUAUUUUAUUGUAAUUAUAAAGAAGUGAGGUAAUAAAAUUCUCUAGUUCGAUCGAACAAUUCGCGCUCAUUUCUUGCAUCAAAAUUAUAGAAAAUUUAUUCAACGAACCUUUGGGUAUCGCCCAAUCUUUAAACAGGAAAGAACUCGAAUUUCAUUUCUUUUUAUUUACCGUCCCCGAACUGUGCAAUGCUAGUAGAAAUUAAAGAGACGAGUUUUACGCUCGAACUUACAAAGAUCUCACCCUUUGUAAGCACCCUGCCGAUCGUAAAAGGGACGCGUGACACCCUUUCCACGAGUCGAACGUCGCGGACUAUGGAUGCUGGAAAUUUCUGUGGAAAAAAAAAAACAUAGAAUCCUGGAAUAUUGGACCACCUGUUGCGCCUAUACGAACGAAAGGGUGCGAAAUCCGAGGGAUGGACAAGAUUAGAGUGAGACACCGUUCGACGUAAAAGUGUUAUUAACCGGGGUUGAAAAAAAUCUAGGAUCAAAGGAGGUCUUUGCAACUGUACAAAAUGUUCGCGUGUACAUAUUUAUUAUACAGAAACAGACAUACAAAAAAAUAAUAAUAAUAAUAAUAAUAAUGAAGCUGGGUUACAAGGAGGUGGAAGGAAUUGUUUGGCAGAGAAUGAGUGUUAUUAAGAGUGCGAGGGACUAAAUGUUAAGACACAAGAGGCGAUGCCGUUUCACGAGACACUUUUAUUGUUCGUUGUAAUAAACUUUUUAGGAAACAAAGAAAGAAAGAAAGAAAAAAAAAGAUACGUGGAAAGGAAGAGGUGUAACGUUGUAAAAUUCUAAACGCGGUUAUAUUUCUUACGUUGCGUGUAUACAUAUAUAGUGUGUGUAUAUGUAUGUAUACACAGCUCGAGAAUUAAAAAGGGAGAGACGCGUGAUCUUUAAUAGGCGUUUAUAUUAGCGAUUAAUAAAUUCGGAUAAGCGUGUUCGCGACAAAUGUGAAUGCAAAAGAGGCGGAGAUUAAAAAAAAAAAAAAAAAGAA